CUUGUUGAGACAAGCCUCCGCGGGCACACUUGGCUCACACAGCCGCGGCCUCUUCCCGUGCUUCUUCUGUGAUUAUUAUUAUUAAUUAUCGGCUAAAAGAAGUGGACGGAAAGCCGCGGGGAAGCAGACUGGCUUCAGGCUCUCUGGCGCAGCCUUGCUGGGUGUGUAACGGUCGCAGUGGAAGCUGCAGGACGUCCUGCUAACUAAUAACGAAACUGGCAGCAUCUUCGUCGUCGGUGUUUUCCUCGGUGAAACCGCGGGGGUCUCCAGCAACAGCCAUGGCAGGAGGUCGGACAGCUGUCGGGCUGCUCGUCCUGGUGUGUCUGCACUUCCAUCGCUGUAGCUCCUUCAACCUGGAUGAUAACCAACCCUUCGUAUACUCCGGACCCGAAAGGAGCUACUUCGGCUUCUCGGUGGACUUCUUUAAACCUGACAACACAAUCUCCAACGUUCUGAUUGGAGCCCCUCGGGCCAACACCUCAUCCGUCAGCAGAGUUGUAGAGCGAGGAGCAGUGUACAGCUGCCCCUGGAAGACCAUCUCUGCCUGCCAGCAGCUGGAGUUUGAUAACUCAGAUGACAGGACGAACAGUGAUGGGGUUCAGAUGGAAUUUAAAUCCAAACAGUGGUUCGGUGCAUCAGUGCGAUCUGAUGGCCAACACAUCCUGGCCUGUGCUCCGCUGUAUCAGUGGUCGACUUUUGGCGUCUCCGAGCGCGAGCCAGUGGGAACGUGUUUCCUGAAGAAAGGAAGCAAAGUGGUAGAAUACUCUCCAUGCAGAUCAUCUGCUAACUCACCAGAAGGGCAGGGUUUCUGCCAGGCUGGUUUCAGUGCAGACUUGAUCAAGAACAAGAGAGUGGUGUUGGGAGGACCCGGCAGCUUUUACUGGCAGGGUCAGCUGAUUUCUGAUGAUGUCUCUGAGAUUUUUACUCGCUUUGAUAGCAAGUUCGUCACUCCCUACGGAAACACGCUUGCCACCAGAUCGGCUGGUGCCCAGUAUGAUGACAGUUACCUCGGAUACUCUGUGACAGUUGGAGACUUCAACGGCGAUGGGAAAGAAGAUUAUGUGACUGGGGUACCGCGAGGGGACAAGGCACUGGGUUAUGUGAACAUCUUCAACGGCCCCAACAUGGAGUCCAUGAUCAACUUCACAGGCUCUCAGAUGGCUGCUUACUUUGGACAUUCAGUCGCUGCCUCUGAUGUUAAUAAUGACGGUUUCUUGGAUCUGUUGGUUGGUGCUCCUCUUUUUAUGGACAGAGGGUCAGAUGGAAAACUGAGGGAGGUGGGGCAGGUGUCUGUGUUCCUGGGUCGAAGUGGAUUUUCCUUCCAACCACCUCAGCUGCUGACGGGGUCUGAGGUUUAUGCCAGAUAUGGUUCUUCCAUCGCAGCAGUGGGGGACCUUAACAGGGACGGAUACAAUGACGUGGCCAUCUCUGCUCCGUAUGGAGGCCCGGACCAUUAUGGAUUAGUCUACAUCCAUAAUGGCCGCUCCAAGGGGCCUAACCCAUCACCUUCCCAGGUCUUGCAGGGCAAAUGGGCGUCCAGCUACAUGCCUGCUAGCUUUGGUUACUCCAUGACAGGAAAUACUGACAUAGACCAGAAUGGAUAUCCAGAUUUAUUAGUUGGAGUGUUUGGAGCAGACAAAGCUGUUUUAUACAGAGCCCGUCCAGUGAUUGGUGUGAACGCCACAUUGGACAUAACGCCUCAGAUAAUCAACCCAGAAGAUAAAACCUGCAAACUUCCUGGAACCAACACAGAUGUGUCAUGUUUUAAGGUUAAAUACUGUCUGACAGCCAGCGGCGUCGGAGCUCCCACGGUUCUGACUUUUCAAGUAGACCUCAUGUUGGACCGUCUCAAGCAGAAGGAGACAACUAAACGCGUCCUCUUCCUGCACAGUCGGUCCUUCCAGUACUCAAAAAACAUGACAGUGACCAAUGACAAGCGGCCGGCCUGUGAGGAGCUGGACGUCUUCCUGAGGGAUGAUCGUGAGUUCCGGGAUAAGAUCACUCCCAUCUCUGUGGCGAUGGAGUACAAUCUGGACUACAAGAAGGCUGCAGACCAGACCGGACUGCAGCCCAUUCUUGACAUGUCAGCGCCGUCCAAUGUUACCAAGCAGGCUCACAUUCUGUUGGACUGUGGAGAAGACAACAUCUGUAAACCUGACCUCAAGUUGUCGGUGAAGAGCGACAGUGAGCAGCUCUACAUCGGGGACGAUAACGCUCUCACCCUGGAGGUCAGUGCUGAGAACCAGGGCGAGGGUGCGUACGAGGCCGAGCUCCACGUCUUCCCUCCACAACAGGCUGAUUUCACCGGAGUUGGUCGCAGUCAGGCCUUCUCCAGGCUGUCCUGUGCUUACAAGAAGGAGAAUCAGACCAAGAUAGUAGUGUGUGACCUGGGAAACCCCAUGAAGGGAGGAACUAAGAUCCUGGCUGAGUUGAAGUUCAGCGUACACCAGCUGUCUGAGGAAGACACGUCAGUCAAAUUUGACCUGCAGAUAGUCAGUUCAAACCAGUUUGAAAGCACCAGUCCUCGGGUCUCCAGCAUCACCAAACUGGCCGUCCUCGCUAAAGUCUCCAUCAGAGGGUCGUCGUCUCCCAGUCAGGUGCUGCUUCCUAUCGCCAACUGGAAACCUAAAGAGCCCCCAGUGGUCGGAGACGACAUCGGACCACAGAUAGUACAUGUCUACGAGCUCCUGAACAAUGGGCCCAGUACGUUCAGCAAGGCGUCGCUGGAAGUCGAGUGGCCGUAUCACUACAGGAACGGCUCCCUGCUCUACAUCACCAGCUUCGACACUGAGGGACCCAUCAACUGCACCACGGACAUCGAGAUCAACCCUCUCAACGUCUCUAACCCGCUGACGUCCCAGAAUAACAUCAGCGUCGUUCCACCCAGAGAGCGAGAGGGAGAGGGACGAAACCGAAACCAUGUCCGCAAGAGAGACCUGGAAUCCAAAGAGUCACAUAACGACCUGUACACACUGGACUGUGCGACGGCGGCCUGUCUGCGUCUGAAGUGUCAGGUUGGUCGUCUGGAGAGGACAAAGAACGCCAUCCUCUUCAUCUACUCCCGGCUGACUGUCAACAACUUCCUCAGGACUGAGAAUCAGAAUCGUUCCUACGUGGUUCGAUCUACAGCCUCCUUCAGUGUCAUCGAGAUGCCGUAUAAGAACCUGGUGUCAGAGUUGGCAUCCAACACCACCACCGUGAGUUUGUCGGUGGUCUGGGUGGCUGAGGGUGCUCAGUCGGUGCCAGGCUGGGUGGUAGCGCUGGCUGUACUGGCAGGACUGCUGCUGCUGGCGUUGCUCAUCUUCAUCAUGUACAAGUUGGGCUUCUUUAACAGAGUGCGCCCCCCGCAGGAGGACUGCACCGAGAAGGAGCAGCUGCAGCCGGAGGAGAACGGUAACACUGACGCUUAGAGGCCAAGCUGUGAGGAACAAGGAGAAAGUCCAGGAGGGAAGAAAUCAGGGUAAAAUGGCCUCUGAGAGAAUUCACUGGAUGGACUGUUGGGUGGCAGAUAAUGGUCCUGGUUUAAGUUUUAAUGAGGUGUGUUUUUUUUUUUUUUCUUUUCUUUUUUUUUGUCAUGUGCCAAAAGAGAAGCUGGAAAACACUGGUCACAGAUGAAAUCUCAUAUGUUCAUAAAAAUGUGUAAUUUGGGGGAAUAAGAAGCAUCAUUAUGUGCAGGUUGUGCCAACGUCAUUUGAGCUCUUACUUUACUUUCUUGUUAAGAGUCGGGUGAUCAGAUUGUCCUCAAUAUGGGAUUAGCAGCUGGUUAGCGUUAGCUUAGUCCAAAGGUAAAAAGAUGCGCCUGUUAGCACAAAAAUCUAACUAUAAUGACAGCAGUUAGGUUUUUUUUUUUCUACUCCUUUCAACACUGGCAGGAGUUUUCCCCACUCUGUCAAACUGAUCCUGUAACUUGUUAAUUAUCAUGUCUGGAGGCUUCAUGGCUUCGUUCCAGCAUGCCCAUGAAGUGCCAGCAGCGUUUUGUCCAGAGAGUUGAGGCUUUUUGUGGCAGAGCACACAGGGUUUGGCCUGGUAUCUAAUUUUUGCACAUUAUUUAGUCCAAACAUAAAAUAAUUGAUGAGCUGUUGGUGCUUGUUGCCCUCAAAGUCCAGAACUGCUGAUACAUUUGAGAUGUUUGUGGAGAUUUUUAGUGUGGUUCUGCAAGUGUCUCCACGAGUGUUUGUUUCCUCUAGUUUAUAUAAAAUAAAAAAGAAAAUGACAACAAAUCAACUGCUGGGUGAAAAGAGGAAAACAGACGAUGGCGAGGAUUUUAAAAGUGUGAAUAUACGGCCCACCAGGAUCCUCACUGCUCUGCUGGAGUCACCUGAUCAUGUUGGAGAAAGAACAGCAAUAAAUGCAGCAAUAUGAAAUUUGCUAACUGAGGCGGCUGAUUGGUCACAUACAGGUCCCUAUUUUUUGACAAAUGUGGUUUAGUUGCUCUGAUAUGAGGUGAUCAGAGUGUUACAGUAAUAUAUUUACCUUUUUGUAUUAACAUUGCUUUUCUUUCCUGACUUGUGUGUAUCAAAACUGGUUGGAACUUGUGUUUCGGGGUGCUGGUGAGGUGUUUGCAGUAUUUUGUUUUUUAAGAAUUUUGUACAAAAUGAUGAUAAUCUCAAUAGUGGGUCCAUUUUUUUUUCUCAACACAGUCAAGACAUCACAUAUUUUUAGUAUUGUUAUUAAAAGCCAAUGCGAUUGAUAAGUUGAUAAUUCUAAUCUGUAAAAUUGAUCAUUUGUUAACACCCCCCGCCCUCCUUUGUGUACUUGUGUAUACACAUUUAUUAGGGUUUAUUGCCACUUUCACACGUGCUGGAGUCCUGAAAUGUUUCUGGAAAUGUUUCUGGGCAGUAGCGGAACAGAAAUUCCUGUAAUACAGUGCUCAUCAAUACAGCACGUUGCCUCAUCUGCUAUUCUCAAGGUGUUUUAAGGAAAACACAGUGAUUUCAAUAACCUGAUUUCUUACAUUUCCAACAGAAAACUUUCUGCACGGGUGUGCAAAAGACCAAAUCUUCUGGACUUUCUGUUGAAAAUCUCCUGUAUUAAAGUGUGAAAACUGCUUUAGUCUGCUCUCAAGACGUGCUGCCCUCUACAGGAACAGCAAUGCAACUACAGACAAGGUGACACUGGUUUCAAGCUGAAGAGUCAUCUGUUAAAAACAGGAGUUAUGUUGGUUUUCCUUCAUCAUGAGCUGACUUAAUUGUCCCCUUAUAAAACUCUGUGGUUUAACAGACUCAUCAGGGAAUGUUUCUUAUAAUCUAAAAAGACAUUCAAGGCUAAUCAUAAAAUGUAACUAGUAGCUGUUUGGCCGUCACGAUGUCUCCAGGGUAUGAAAGUAUAACAGAAACAGCACUGAUUAGUCUUUGUGACUUCACGUUUCCAGACUGCAGCUACUUUUACAGCUUGUUUCAAACCUUCUGUGAUAUAACUGGGCUGUGAUUGGUCCAGGCAGCAUCAGUGUUCAGUAACUAGUUUAACACACACAUCCAUAAGUGGCAGUUCCUGCCUUUAGUCUUUGAAAAACUACACAAAAUACAGAAGGACUGACUGAUGUUGUGCCAAAUAUAUUUCCAAAAUAUGAUUCCUUCUCUGAAGUAGGAACUAAAAACAGAAACUAAAAACAUAGUUGUAUGAACUCCAGAAGUCCCCACUUCACUGUUCUUACAUUGUGGAGGGUCUCCAAUGGUUAAAAGACCUGUGAUGAAGUUUGUGUGAUCUGAACUUGCCUAUUAAUGUUAAUGAGUCUUAAACCCAGAUAGGAAGCAGAAAAUGGACGUAUUAGCUUGUAAUACUUUGUAAUAACAUCUUCCAAGAUGUUUGUCUACAGUUCAUGGUAGAGCAGCCAUAGCAACAGUAACCGAGGGGGCGGGGUUUAAUAAAUGAUCAGCUGUUCGUUUCCUGCCAUUUGCUGCACUGAGGCCUUUUGGUUGACUGGCAGCUAAGUGCAACAGCAGCAGCUUGCAAUUGGACAUUUUCCGAGUUUGAGUUUUGUGUGUGUGAGUGUUAAUAUAUUAAAAAAAAAACCCAUAUUGGGUUUGGAUUAUGAAUUAAAGUUAAAGGUUGCAGGUAGUUUUUGAAAACAUAUUAAUCCAGUAAACAGUCACAGGAUUUAGUUUUUUCUUAGUUUCUGUUCACCAUCACUCUGAACAUCAUCACUCCAUAACCACUGUAUUAACAGUUCAUUUUUCAAAAGCAGAAGGUAGAGAUGCACUAAUACUACUGCUGGAUAUCACUGAAUUACUGCAGAUACAACUAACAUAAGUUCAUUUUUAAAUGAUUAUUAACUUCUGUUUUUUUUACAGUCACAUUGUAAUGGAAAUCUGACAUUCACCUAUAAUGUGUUUUAAUUAUCUGUCUUUGUGUCUUCUGGAUAAAAAUUUUCAAUAAAACUGAUAAAAUGAUCUUCUACUGUUAUGCAGAGCUGCAGCUAUUAAUCAGGUAGUGGAUGAAUCAAAAGAAUAAUUAACUUUUUCUAUUGAUGAAAGUGUCUCAGAAGUGAUGAUUUACUAGUUUUCACUGUCAGAAUAUAAAAUCUGUUUCUUCUUGAGCUCCUGGAAGCAAUAACAGGCACCUCACUGCACAUUUUAUAGACGUUUAGAUAAUAAAAAUAAUUAUGAAUUGAGCUCCUACUUUCAUAAUUUUAAUGUUGCUAAAUUUAAGCACAAAAUUAGUUCUUUUUCCUUUUGAAAUGAAUUUAGGUCGACUUGUUUUUGUAAGAAGCGUGAGCACCAACCUUGGUCAGUUGUUUAGUCCUGACAGAACGACUUUACUGUAGAGAUUUUUCUAAGUCUGUUUAGACAAAUCUGACACAUCUCUGUCGCCGCCAGCUGGACUGAAAUCACUUUGUCAGUCAGUAUUUCUCGAAAAAGCUGCAGAUGGUGUGAACGCUCUCUGUCUUUAAUAUGAACUCAUUUUCGAGACAUUUGUUGGGGAACGUAGGUGAAUUCUGAGGAAAAACUAAAGCUUCUGAAAAGACUGAACUGAAUCUGAAAACUAAAUGAAACCUUCCUGAACUGACUGAAUGAUUUGACUCCAAUCUUUUAAUUUGUUGGGUUUGAGGGUUUUAUGUUUUAUAUUUAAUAACGCUCUGGCUUUCUUUCUGCAAUGAACAAAUGUGGACUAUUUUUGAUGUAUGUAUUCUUUCACCUAGAGAGAAAAAAAUUAACAAUUUGUUAAAAAAAGAAAAAAAAAGAUGAUUUCACCUUUGAACUGAAAUAAAUUGAUCUGUUCACA